CUCAUCUAGGUGAGAAAAAGUGAAACGUUUCAAUCUUCACAUAGAAUAUGGAAGAAACCAAUAACGCUAUUAUAGAUCAGAUUGACGCAAACUCUUUAGUACAUGUUCUGUCCUUUCUGAGUAUCAAAGACAAGCAGAACUCUGCCCAAGUUUGUAAAUACUGGAAGGACUUAGCCAGUCUCCCAUGUUUGUGGAAGAGCGUUACUGUUGUUGUACCUCACUCCCCCAGUUAUUGGUUCAUUGCCAGCAUGCGGAGGCGUAAAAUAACGCGUUUUGUAUGCCGUGGCUCCACGCUAGAUGAGUUGGAAUUAGUGAUCAACAACAUACCAGACAUCACAAGUCUCAAAAUUGAUCAAAGUCGCCACAUCAACGAAGAAUUUCUGAGAAGAAACGUGAUCCAUCUAGACAAACUGGCACAUCUGAACAUUACUAACUGUAGUCAGGUUGACCUUCAGUCCCUUUACUAUGAGGAGUCUUUGGGAAAAGUGUUAGGUCGUUUGAAAAGUUUAACACUUCCCAAGAACAUCAACGCCGCAAGUUUUCAAGCCCUUAUAAAGAAAUGCCCAUGUCUAGAGGAGCUGGAAUUUGAUAAGGACUAUGGGUUCAGUGGUAAUGAUCAGUGCCAAAAAGUCUUAGUGCAGUCAUGCCCAAAUCUUCGUUUUUUAGAUUUAGGGUAUUCUAUGUGGUUUAGCGAAGAAAGCUGGAAGUUAACCUUAGAAGCACUCAAUCUCAAAGCUAUCAAGGUUAACAGCUGCAAUGAUAUUGAUACAGAUCACAUAAAGAUGAUUGCUGAUUUGUGCCCAAAUCUUGAAUCCUUGGAUAUGUCUUCCCAUUCCAUGUAUUCAAAUGAUAUUGUCAAUUAUGUUGCCAAAAAACUGAAACAUUUGAAGCAUUUUUCCUUUUCUACUGCGUGUUUGUUUGUUUCUGAGUUUGAAUCAGGUACUGGGGAGAGUAAAUACAAAGGAGAACAUGAUGUAUUGCAUGAGGUUUCUGAAAUGACAAAGCUUGAAUCCUUGAAUAUUCGUCUGAAUGCUGGGAUGGUUACUGGAGAAACCCUUUGUUCCCUUGUUGAGAAUAUGUCAAAGUUAAGGACACUUAACAUUCGUCGACUUGGAAAAGUAAGCGCCAUUCAUGCAAGACUUAUUGGCAAACAUUUACCAGAACUAAAUUCACUGAAAGUAGUCAUUAGCUGGGACUGUGGGCCAGGCUCAAGUGGUAUUGGACUUCUUUGUGCUAAACUACCUAAUCUAACUGACUUACAUAUCAUCAGUUCUAAACUAAGCAAUGAAGAUCUUAAUGAAAUGUCAUCAGGUGUGGUACCAAGCAAGCUAAAAUCUCUGAAGAUCGAUUGCAGCAGAUAUGUUACAGACCUUGGAAUCAGCUAUGUUUCUAAUGGGCUCACAUCCCUAACCAAUCUGGACAUUUCAUCAUGUAAUAUUGGUGACCCUGGUAUAUCUUCAAUCUCUGAGCACCUGUUACAUCUUGAAGUGUUAAUUCUAAAUGAAAACAAGAGGGUUUCAAAUCAUGGUGCAUUGACGAUUGGAAAACAUCUUAAGUGUCUAGAAGACUUGAGAAUCAAUGGUACAGGUAUUGGGGACCAAGGCUUUGCUUUCAUAUGUAACCACCUUCCUAGACUCCACACUCUUGAAGCACUCUGCCCACUUAUAACUGAUGUAGGGUAUUUAGAAGGUAUAGUUAGUCUAAGUUCUGUAAAGAUUUUACAAAUUGGGUCUCACGGCAUCAGUAAUAAUGCAGUUCAAGAAUCGUUGCCACAUUUGAGAAAUCUUACUCAAUUCACCAGCAGGAAAAUUCCUUUGACACAUAGUUGCAUUCAGAGUAUGAUUAGAGUGUGUCCUUGGCUAUCAAGCUUAUUUAUUAAUUACUGCUUUCACUCAAGCGAUGAUCAGUGGCAGGAGACAAUAGAUUUAUGCAAAGGGAUAGGGCUAUACCUUGAGUUAGGUUUUAGUUCGUGCCUUGAAGUAGGCAAGUAGAAAUAUGUUUGAAACUCCAGUUCAAAUACCUCUAUGUUUUGAGUUACAUAUCCUGGCAUCUACCUUGUUAGCAGUGACUUUUAUGCAUGUAACUAGGUGAGUGGUAUGUCUAUAAACAGCAUUUUUAAAAAUACUUUUUUACUUCAUUAGUUCACACGGCUAUGUGCUCAGUUAUCAUGUAGUUACACUGAAUAUUUCACUACUACAUGUAUUUUUACUCAAUGGUCUCUUGUAUCAUCCUGUUUAUAUUAACAAUUGUUUAUCAGUCAAGUUAUCUUGACACUUGUUCGAGUUUGCUGUACAAAUGCAUAAUUUUAAUACCUAAGUUCCUGUGUGCAACUAUGCUUAAUCAUGAGACUGUAUUACUGAGACACAAUUAACAGGUGUCUAUUAUAUAAUAGUUUAUUUAUGAUAAACUGGUAUAGUGUACUUGUUGCCUGUUUGAGAUUUAAGAUGUUGAUGAUUUGUAGAACUCUAUCACUUUAUUAAAGAUCGACAAAAUUUGGCUACCACAUUGGAAUUGUUCCACAGCUUCAUUCAGUAGUGAUUCUGUGAUUUUUGUGAAAGUAUGUAAAAGCAGAAAGAUAAAGGAAAAUUUUCUAAUGCUAGACUUCUGACAGAGUAAAACUGCUCUAAAGCUAUAGCAACAAAACUGCCCCCACGAUCAUUACAUGUACAUUUUUGACGUCACAUUACUUGAGCAUAGUUGCACCAUAUUUUCAGUAUUUAGCUAGAGCUUAUGAUUGCUACUGUUUAAGGAUGCUGAGUGUGACCUCCUGGGUUUUUACAUUACAUUCCUCUCUAGACACAGUUAUAGCAACACCAAAAUUCAAUCUUUUUUAGCAAAAUACUAUAUGUUUGAUAUGUUGCAGUUACUAUAUAUAACAAUUCUUAUGUUCUGUCUUUAUUUUGGUAGUGAUUUACUUAAUGUGAUCAGAAAUAGCUUCUAAUGGAUCCAUGCAUAACUUGUUCCAUACAUGUAUGCAAAGGUGUCUCAGAAACUUUUGUUAACUCAUCAUAUAAAAGGUUACUAGAUUUUAUUACAUCAUUGAUGAUGUCACAUUACUAUUUUCAGUAAAGCUAAAGUUAAUAUGAACUGAAACUAUUUAAGGCUGUCAAGUGCAAGUCACUGGGUUGCUCACAUCCCUAUUGGUCCCAGGGCUAUAGUGACACCCAAAUUACUACAUAUUGUCAUAUGUUGUUGUUACUAAGAAUUGUGUUUAUAUUGUGAGCUAUAGUGAUUUAUCCAUUGUGGUAAUUAAAAGCUAAAU